GAGAGCAUCUGGAACAGCGCUUAUGAUACACUGAAAGCCGAUGAACCAAAAUUGGUACGAGCAUAUGAGAAGAUCUUGUCUUUAAAGCUGAAUUCGAGCUCUGUGUCUCUGGAGCCCGCGAAUGUGGAGAAUACCAUCGACAAUGAAAGCGUUCUGGUGAGAAGAGACCAGAUGCACAAGUUAAUCAAUGAGGGUUUGAGCAAAACAUUCCGAGAGGCGAAUAUCAAGAACGACAUGGGCACAGUUAUGCAAGUCGUCAACACUACCAAAAAAUUAGUGAGCGAUGCAAUCAAGGACAUGCCACAAGCUGCUCUUCCUUGGGCUCUAGUCUGUGUUUCCCUCUCAAUCUUGGCCAACCCGAUAUCGCAAACCGAAGCUAAUCACACGGGCAUUGAAUAUAUUGGAAUCACGAUAAAGUGGUAUUGGGAGCAAGCUGUAUUACUUUUUGACGACAACUCAAAAGAUCCUUCUUUCACUGGGGUCCAAAGUGAGCUGCGAAUGGCAUUUAUCGACUUUUACAAAAAGCUUCUGCGAUUUCAGAUGAGAAGUAUCUGUAACUAUUACAGGCAUCGGGGUUUCAUUUUCCUACGAGACCUCGUAGAGCUAGACGACUGGAAUGGAAGUCUGCAGUCUAUUCGAGCAGACGACACUUCUCUUCGCAAGAAAGUCAAAGCAUUCCUGAGCCUUGAAUCGGAGUCACAUCUUAGAGUUAUAGCCCAUCACACCAAGGCACAAGCAAGGCAUCAAAGGACUCAAGAGGAUCAACAGUGCCUUAGAGAUAUACGAAUCACGGAUCCUCGUGCUGACAUGAGACGCAUUGAAAACACCAAAGGAGGUUUAUUGCAAGAAUCAUACCGCUGGAUCCUUGAAAAUCCGCAAUUCCAGACUUGGCGUGAUAACGAUGAUAACCGUUUGCUCUGGCUCAGAGGCGAUCCUGGUAAAGGGAAAACAAUGCUUCUCUGUGGUCUUGCCCAAGAAUUGAUGCAACAAUCAGGUUCGAGUCUAGUCACUUUCUUUUUCUGCCAGGCCACAAUACCCAGCAUCAAUAAUCACAUAGCAGUCCUACGCGGUCUUAUAUGGCUGUUGGCCGACCAGCACCCUUCUCUGAUAUCCUACAUCAGAAAGUCAUAUGAUACCGCUGGAAAAGCCCUGUUUGAUGAGGGAAAUUCCUGGUACAUAUUGUCAGAAAUUUUCAACAAUAUGUUGAGGGACAAGGAGUUGCCACCAGUAUAUAUCAUUAUCGAUGCCCUUGAUGAGUGUACUACAGGUCGCGUGGAGCUCUUACGUCUUAUUCGAACUGUUUCAGUGUCAUUGAGCGCCAAGUGGGCAGUAUCCAGCCGCAACUGGCCUGAAAUUGAACAAGAAUUAAUUGAGGGGAUGAAUCUCAGCCUCGAAGUCAAUGCUGCACUCGUCGUAACGGCAGUAAAUGCAUACAUCUCCCACAAGGCAUCACAAAUACCCUUCCUAAAGCAAGAUGAUGAAUUAAAAGAGGGAGUUUGCCGUCAGAUGCGAGAGAAAGCUAACGGCACAUUUCUCUGGGUUGCAAUUGUCUUUGAACGACUGAAUUCCGAAAGCGAUGCUUAUUACGAUGACACUUUUGAUGUGAUGGCAAUACUAGAUGAGAUGCCCGAGGAUCUAACUAAUCUGUACACAAUUAUGCUUGAGAGAAUUUCUCAAUUGAAAGGGAAAGGCCCCGGUCUAUGUCGAACUGUACUGGCUAUCGCAACAUUGGCGUACCGGCCCCUCCACCUUAACGAGCUCUCAACUCUUGCAGGGUUCCGGGGUAAUCUGAAGAACCUGCCUCAGUUGAACAGGUUAAUAAAGGAUUGUGGUUCAUUUUUAACGGUCCGAGAGAACCACAUUUACUUUAUACAUCAAUCUGCAAAGGAGUAUCUAGUCAGCGAUCUCUCCUCGCAAGCUAUCAUUUCCCCGCAUGGAAUGAAUGGAAUUCGGUAUAAUAUGGUUUCAAAUUCGUUGAGCGCCAUGGAGAAUACACUACGAGAGGAUAUCUAUGGACUGGAGAAUCCUGGGAUCCUCGCCGAGGAUAUUCGCCCACAGAGUCCCAAUCCUCUGGACCAUUUUCUAUAUUCUUGCAUUAAUUGGGUUGCCCAUUUGGUUGAAAUAUACAGCAGUACAGACGAUCAGAGUCUCCUGGACAGUCUUGUUGAUGAGGAAGAAAUCUUACGCUUCUUGAAGAAGCACUUUCUCCACUGGCUUGAAGCGCUUGCCUUAACACGAAAUAUAUCAACCAACAUAACGCAUGUCCAAAGGCUUUGUGAGUUUUUGAAGAUAUAUUCAUCCGCACUUCUGUUCAGCCCUACUCAAAGUUUGGUGCGAACGCAUUUUAUCGGCGAACUCUCUUGGAUAAAGCACGUAUCCAAGUCAGUAAAGGAGAGCAACUGGAGUCCUCGCCUACUGACAAUCGAGAACGGAGGCCCAGAGGCAAUAUGUUCCAGCGGUACAAAUCUCUUGGUACUGCAUUCUUCCUCUAAAAAUGUCGAAAUUUGGGAUAUGGCUACAGGGAAGAUGGUUCACACACUCAGCCACCCAAAAGUUGUUCAUCAUGCAGUAUUUUCGAGCGAUUCGAAUUGCGUGCUGACACUUUCAUGGGAUCGAUUUUAUCGCUGGAAUGUGAAUUCCGGCACCGUGAUACAGAAUGUCGGCAUUUGUGACUUUGUCGAUGAUCGAAAUUACGCUGUUUCCAACGACGGGAAGUUCAUAGCAUCGUGCAGGUAUUAUGGGAUGGAUGAUGACAGCGGAGUUCAGAUAUACCACGUUGUCGAACAGACUAAGCUGGAGCUACCACAUACUGGUGAGGCCGGUUCAAUGAACUUAUUGAACUGGUCAAAUAAUUCCAGGUUCUUGUCUGUUUCAACGGAGCACUAUACACGCAUCUGGGAAAUGCCCACAGGCAACGAGAAAUUAAAAGUUCUUAACCAUGAUGGCAAGAUUCGAAGAGUUCCCAGUUUUUCGGGCGAUUCCAAGUUGAUAGCUUUUUCUGUUGGGCAAGAAUUUGAGAUUUGGAGUUUGGAGACAGAAGAAAGGAUCCUGACCUUCAACACAGAGCAUCCAGGGGAAGUGGAAUUUGUUGAGUUCUCCAAAGACUCUAGGCUCAUUGCUGAGACUGGGUAUCACAAGGGCAACAACGGAUACCUCGCAAUCUGGGACACAACAACCGGUAGCCUGGUUCAGACGCUCGAGGGGGUCAAUACCCGCCAUAUUUGUGGAUUGGGGUUUUCUAGAGAUUCAAAGUCCAUUUACACGUACUCAGAAGUAGAAGGCUUGCAAAGGUGGGACAUUGCCUCUGGUAGUCCGAUACAUACGCUUCCCACCUCUCCAGUCAGUGGUCGGAUGACCGGAAUAGCAUUUUCUUUUGACGGAAGAUUUUUCGCAUCGGAAUCGAAGGAGGGAGAUGAGAUCUUGCUCUGGAAUCUAACCACAGCUGAAGCCACCUCUCGAACGGAAAAAACUACCUGUAGGCUACCUAUUUGUUGCCGAUACUUCGAUCCUUCUUUUGACAUGGAGUCGCCAUAUACAUGUACACAUAUUCUCACGCAACUUGGUCGCGUAGCUCUGGACAGUCUCAUUGCUCAGGCAGCGAAAAAUUUGUCCAGUUCUAAGACAGUAGCAGUAGCAUAUGACUCCAUCGCCGAAGGCUAUGGCGUAAGUCUCGACAGAUCAUGGAUAACUUGGAACGGAAAAAACAUUAUAUGGCUACCACCCGACUAUCGA